CGGGACUUGGGCUGUGGAGUCUGGCCUAGCACAGCUCCCACCCAGCUUUCUAGGGACAUUGGGCUCACGGGGACUCAACGGGACUUGGGCCGUGGACUUUCUAGGGACAUCGGGCUCACGGAGACUCAAUGGGUAGCGAUGGCUCAAGCACUCAGGGGCAUCACAGGUAGCUAUACUCCAGGCACGCCAUGGGGCGGUUCAAGUAAGGGUAGUCUGGGAGUGUAAUAGGGGCAGUUCGUGACCCGGGUGGUCUGUGCACACAACAGGGGCAGUUCAGGACAUGGGUGGUCGGUGCGCACAACAGGGAAAGCUCAGGACACGGGGUGGUUGGUGCGCACAACAGGGACAGUUCAGG